AUGCCGCAACCAGGCCCAGAAAUCAUGAGAAACAAAGGCGACCUAGUCAUCAUGGUAUUCACAUCUCUACUCUUCGCAAUCUUCAUAGUGGGUUUAGCUUCUGUCUGCUACCGCUGGAGCUCUCGCCAACUUUCCUCACUAGAGAGAUCCGUUUCAGAACGUGAACUCCAGAGGACGUCGCGUGGGAUCGACGCCGCGAUUGUGAAAUCUUUCCAGACGUUUUUAUACUCUGAGGUGAAGGAGAAGAGGAUCGGGAAAGGCGGAAGCGAGUGUGCGGUGUGUCUUUGUGAGUUUCAAGACGAUGAUACGUUGAGUUUGAUGCCUAGCUGUUCCCAUGUGUAUCAUUCUGGUUGUGUGAAUGUUUGGCUCUCUGAUCACUCCACGUGUCCACUCUGUCGGGUUGAUCUUGCCUUCCAACCGGGUGAAGCGGAUCCUGAACUAGGAGUUAUGGAUAAUACUACAGAUGCGAAUUUGUUUGAAAGGAUGACGUCGACCAAUAGGAACAGGGCAUAUGGGCAAAUGUCGUUGAGAUUGUCUCGUUCUCGAGUUUCCGACAUAUUUUGCCCGAGAUCUAAUUCGACUGGACAUUUUUUGUUUCAACCGUUAGAGAAUGUAGACCGGUUUACGCUCCGGUUACCGCCAGAUGUACGGAGUAGACUGAUGAAGAAGCCGGUGGUUCGAACUCAGGUGAGAAGGCCGUGUGGUUUGUACAGAAGCAGAAGUGUCGGAUGCGAGAUGUAUGGUCCGGAUGAGCUUCGGUUGCUCCGGCUAAUAAUGGAUAGACAUCUAAAGAACUCCAGGCCAUUCUGUAGUUUGUGA